AGAUACUUCGAUAUAAUUUUAAAAAUAUUUAGGAAAAGUUUUUUGCGUUAUCAAAUUUUAUAUAAAAAAUAAUAAAAUGUGAUUUUUUGCAAUUUGUAUAGAUUAUCAAUUACAUCAAACGGCAUUUAUUUAGAGACGUCCUAUAUGCAGUUGAAAGCAAAACGAUUAUUAUAAUUACUUUAAUUUUCUUUAAACAAGUAUAUUUUUCCGCAUUUUGCAAAAGACGAUUUAUGUUUAACCAUUUGCAUAUAAUAAAUAAUUCAACUAUUAUAUGUCGAUAAACAUUCGCAUAGUAUAAUGUAAAAGACACCGCUAUUUAAUAUGAGAAAGAUUUUAUGAGAGAUUUGUCUUUCACAGUUAAUUACGUUGUUAUAAAUUAUGCACAUUAAAUUUAAUGUUUAAUGACAGCACAUUAGAUGAAAAUGGGUUAUAGCAAUAAUAUCAUUAUAUGCGGAGUAUAUCAAAAUAAAAAUUGAUAUAUCUGCGGAGAUAGUAUAAAUUCUGUUUUGAAUGUAAUAUUAACGGAAUUUCAAGCAUCAUUUAAUAUUCAAUAUCGUUCAUCACAAUAUUGACUGUUUUCCACCAUCAGUUCGUAUAACGAACGCCAACCAUAGGUGAAAGAAUAAGAUCUGAGGAUUCAGGUCCUGCAAAUUUCGAACAGGCAAUUAUAGCGACAGGAUAUGGAAAAUUCAAUUAUUUGCUAUUGCUGGCGAUACUACCAGCUAGCUUCGCCAGUAUCUUCUCGUCGUCAGCAAUGUCCUACGUGUUACCAUCCGCCGAGUGCGACCUUCAUCUGACGAUGUUCGACAAGGGCUUGCUGAAUUCGAUGACGUUUGCAGGAAUGAUUUUCACGGCGUUUUUCUGGGGUUGCGUAACAGAUAUGUUUGGUCGCAAGAAAAUAAUGGUCUAUGGUUACCUGAUUACCGGUCUACUAAGUAUAGCAACGUGUUUCUCGCACCGCUCUUGGCUUUUAAUAACAUUCAAAUUUUUCGACGGCAUGAUCAUAUCCGGUCCGUAUGCGGCGCUUAUGUCGUACUUGGCGGAAAUACACAACGAAACUCAUCGAUCGAGGUGUUACAUGUGGCUUGGCGUGUUCUUCUCACUUGGAAACAUUUCCUUGCCAUGCAUAGCAUGGCUUAUAAUACCUCAAAAGUGGUACAUUACACUUUUAAACGAAACAAUAGAGAUAAAUUCAUGGAGAGUGUUCUUAGCCAUUUGUUCAUUGCCCGAGUUCCUUGCUUGCAUUGCUCUUUUCGCUUUCCCAGAAAGCCCACGUUUUCUUAUCCUAAAGGGCCGGCACAAUGAAGCGUUGAAUGUCUUCAAGAAAAUCUAUUCGCUCAACACUGGAAAGAAUGCUGAUACGUAUCCGAUAAAGAGUCUGGAGGAUGAAUAUUCCGUUGAAUCGUGCGGAGAACGUAUGCAAGAUAAGCUGCGGAACUGUUGGAAGCAAACGAAGCCACUUUUCUUGCGACCAAAUGUCUUUAGAUUGAUACUUAUUUCGAUGAUACAGCUUGGAGCAACGAUAGGAUCGAACUCCCUUCGACUUUGGAUGCCGCAGUUAUUUGCGAUGAUUGAAAGUUACAAAAGUACUCUGAUGAAGAACGACAAUCAUAUAUCGGGAUUGCAGCCUUCAUUUUGUUAUAUGUUAGGCCAAGAAAAGUCACAUCUUAAUUCAACACAAUACGCCGAGACGCUAAGUAAUUCUACAGUUGUAUGCGUUCCCGCGGAGUUAAACUCUAGAGUUUUCAUCAAUUCCAUUGUUAUUGCUGUGACAGGCGUUAUCGGUUAUACUGUAGCUGGUUCUUUGAUUACGGUGGUUGGAAAAAGAAAACUAAUGGUGAUUUGUUUUGUCGUCGCUGCUGCUUGUUGCGGUUCAUUAUAUUGGGCUACAGAUAUUAAUAGUAUUCUCGGAUUGUCUUCGGUAUUUGUCGCCAUGACAAGUAUAGGCGGUGCGACUGUUGUUAAUGUUAUUGUUGAUAAUUUUCCUACCUAUCUAAGAACUACAGCGGUUAGCACAACCAUGAUGAUGGGAAGAAUUGGUGCAGUGAUCGGUAAUUUAUUGUUUCCAAUUUUAUUCGAUCUAUCGUGUUUAGGACCAUUUAUUAUGAUUGGCUCAGCCUCUUUAGUAUCUUCAUUUUUGGUUCUUCUUCUACCCAGAAAAAAGCAAAAUGAUAAACCGAAGGAUAUUGUUUGAUAUUUCUGCAGAUACAUCGAACGUCGUUGCUUAUUUUAUUAUUAGUCACAAAAUCGACAUGUAAAUAUCUUUUCGUUCUCAUGUACGUUGAGAAUCACCAUCACUUUACAUCUGCGCAAUAUUUUCCAUUAUGUAAAUAACCGCACGCUCAUUAUAGCAAAUAAGGCCUAUUCACUCCCACCUUGUGUAUUCUAUAUACAUACAUGUAUAUAGAAUAAAUGGACGGAUUAAUUGUACAAUAUGUAUGUAAUACGUGUAUAAGGAAAAAGUAUUUUAGGUACAUCUUGCGACUGCAAUAUUUAAUAUCUAAAAAUUUAAUAUUAUUGUGCUUUAUUAAUUUAAUCUUAUUUAUCACAAUUUUUUGUUAUAAGAAUAACAAUAAUAAAAAAAAUGUAAUUUUUGAUGUAAUAGAAAAUGUAAAUAAUACAACUUUAUUAAGAA